AUGGAAACGGAUAAAAAAUGUAAAGGUAGACCAAACAAAUUUACGGAAAUAGGACUUCGUGGAAGAAAAACUGGAGUGGCAGCGUCGCAAGAGGUUUCAAAAGAUUUGAAUGGUUUUGAUAACCUUAAUUCUUUCUUUGCUUCGGUCAUUAAUUCUGAAGCCGAAGGCUUGAACAAUAAUAAUGAUACGGAACAUGCAUCAAUAUCUUCAAUGUCUCUUGUCAAUAGUAGUCAAGGUAGUCAAGAUUUUCCGCCACCAGUUCGAGUUUUUCCACCAAAUAAGAGUCCUCUCUUUUCUACCAAUAACGAAGAUUCUCAACAAAAUAUGGCUACUUUUUCUCAUAACGAAAAUUCUCAAAAGACAUCUCUUUUUUCUAACUUGCUUCCUUCUAUUUCUACUAACAACGAAGGUAUUCAAAAGACUACUUCUCUUUUACAACGUACUCCUUUUCGAUCAAAUAAAAUGACUCUUCCUCUACUAUCUAACAAUCCACCUUCUAUUUCUCUUAUACCUACUAAUAACGAAGGUAUUCAUAAAAAGACAUCUCUUACCGUUGACUCUCAGCCAAAUAAACUUCCCUAUAUUUCUCUCACAUCUAUUGAUAACGAAGAUUCACAACCAAACAAGCUUCGCCAUUCUUCUCAUAUCACCGAUAGCGAAGAUUACGUUAGCAACCUAAAUGACUUGUAUGACGAGCUAGAACAAGCUGAUUUUGAAUUAAAUGGCGGUCCUUCAAAAAAGAUUCCUGGAGAGGAUAUUAUUACAUUAGAUGAUCGUGAAGUUACUCUUUCAAAUGACGAUCAUGAAAGUAGUCCUUUAAAGCCGGCUCAAGGAGCGGAUGUUGUUUCUGCACUCAUUAGAGAUGAUGAAUAUAAAGAAGAUUCUGCGGGUUCUGAGAUUAUUAGGGAUGAUCCGAAUGUGCCCAUUAUCAGCGAACUUAGUAAACCAUCUAGAUAUAAACGGAAAAAGGAAAGGGUUAAAUUAGUCGCCACUGUAGAUGAUGAUUUAUAUAUGACCUUCGAAACAAUCACGAUACCAUCCAAAGAUGGGGAAAAUUCGGGCAAUUCUACCAAGCAAGAUAAUGAAGGAAAUAAGAAAUCCGGCGGUGUCAAAAAAACUUCUAAACCCCGAAAUCCUCAACGAUUUAAAUCCAAUUCGGUUCGGGGCAUUAAUAAUGCAAGAAAAUCAAAUAAAAAUGGCAAAGAACCUAUUCAUGUUGAAUCUGAUAAUGAAAUUGAUGAGCAAUCUUCUGAUGAUGAUACAAAAAAGAAUAAAAAUAUUUCUCGAAAACGGAAUCGAACCACCGAUUCUGAUUCAGAUAAAGACCGCGAUGACAUUGAUCAUUCAUCACAAAGAUCUAAAAAUCGGACAAUUCGUUCUUUUCUCAGUGGCGUAUCACGAAAUGAAGUAAUCGAGAAUGAGGAAGGAGGGUUGCGAAGGAGCAAACGUCAACGCGUUAAACCAUUAGAAUUUUGGAGAAACGAAAGACUUGUAUAUAGGCCACAUAAAACUGAGGUUGUGCGAAUUCCGAAUGAAGAUGCUGAUACAGAACCAAAGAAGCGCAAACGAAAUGAAAGCAAAAACAAUACAAAAAGAUCCACUCUUAGGAAUAAGGAAGAGUCGGAUGAUACAAUUACAAAUAAUAAAGCGAAAUAUGAAGGGGAGGUUAAUGUUUGGGGCACGAACGAUAAGAUUUCUACGCAACUCGUGUACGAAUCUAAUAUGAUUAAACCUUCACCGAUCGAAAACAAUGAAUAUAAACACGCAAAAACAUUCGGGGAAGGUGAUUUCUUCACCUCGGGCUUCAUCGCAAUUCCAAAGGGUUGCGAGAAACCCAUAAAGAAUUCCAAUGCAAGUGCAUUGCUCACUAUACCUCAAGCGAAAAAAGCCGGACUAAAGGAUGAUAUUAGAAUUCCUGAAACAAAAUUGAAGCUGAUUACAUUAUUUCAAGAGAAUGAUAAUUACAUAAAUCUUACGGAUAUUCCAGCAUUUUAUUUUUCAAGAUAUAAUAGAGCGUUGGAUUUUAUGGGAAAAUUAUUGCCUCAUAUUUUGACACAAAUCACUGUUAACUCGAUUAUCAUCGUUAGAUUAGCUGAACCAUUUCAACUCCCUAAUACUAACAUGCUACCGAUGGAAUUCACUGUUACUAAAUUAAAUGGUGAAGAUGUAUUUGAAGAUGAUAAUAUUAAUAAAGAUGAUGAAAAGGUUUCAGAAAAAAUGAUUCAAGGUAAUAAUAAUAAAAUAUUGAGAUGGUUGAAAGAGCAAAAUUAUGAGAUUGAUAGAGAAAGUGAAAUGAAUGAAGAAAGUAAAGAGGAUAAUUAUGAAAUAACAGAAAUUUAUUAUGAAGAGAGUAAUAGAGAAAGCGAAAAUAAUGAAGAUAAAAAUGAAUACAAAGUCGAUAAAUUUAUAGAAGAAAUUGAAGUAAGAAAAAAUAAAGAAAGUGAAAAAUGUAAUGAUAUACGGGAGAAUAUGAUCGAACUUGAAAGAUUAGCCGAAGAGAGAUUAAUACAAUCAAGAUCUUGUGGUAAUAAUGGAGAUAGCAGAGAAAUAAAUAUUAAUGAAUUAAAUUUUGAACAAAUCAGAGCAGCAAGAAAAAAAUUGAUCGCUGAAUUGUUUUCUAAACAUUUAGCAGCGAACCAUCGAUCUAGAUUUUCUUAA